UUUCCUGGAGCCAGCAGCAAAAGAUGCAAGCUAGCUAGCUCGCUACAGUUGUUACUGCCAUUUUCAUUCAUUCAGUAGCUAGGUCGAUAGCGGGAGGGCUGGUGCUCAGGAGUGCAUGGGAAUGGGCAUAGGGCUGUUGCGACGCUGAAUAUAUCUGAUCCGUUUUGCACCAGAAUAUUCGCUUCCUCCCCCAAAUUAACAGCUUUGAAGCUCAUCCCUGAAUACAUCUCGACGUUAAUUUAUUAAGAACUGUAGCUCUUUUGUUCUGAUUUCUCCAGAGAUUGUCAACAGGAAUGAGUAUAGAAAUACCCGAAGGACUGACGGAGCUAUUGCAGAGCUUUACCGUGGAAGUGUUGAGGAAUCAGCCCCGCGAUCUGCUGGAGUUUGCCCUGCAGUACUUCACUCAACUGAAGGAGAGCCAGACUCAAGGGGCCGCUUUUGGCAAUGACCAAAAUUCGGCUGUCAGAUCUGGGAAAGCUGUUAACUUUAUCGAAGAGGCCAUGCAGAUCGACUCGGAAAACGGGGAGGACGAGGAGGAGGACGACGAGGAAUUCGUAGCCCCGGUGAUCAACAGAUUCGUAAGAAGAGCUUCAGUGUGUGCUGAAGCGUUCAAUCCGGAUGAUGACGAGGAAGACAAAGAGCCCAGGAUUACUCAUCCAAAAACAGAUGAGCAGAGACACAGACUACAGGAGGCUUGCAAAGAUAUUCUUCUUUGUAAAAACUUAGACCAGGAGCAGAUGUCUCAGGUGCUGGAUGCCAUGUUCGAGAAGCUCGUGGAGCCCGGGGAGCACAUCAUCGACCAGGACGACGAUGGGGAUAACUUCUACGUUAUCGAAAGAGGGACGUUCGAUAUCUUCAUGAAGGUCGAUGGUGCUGAGCGCUCUGUGGGUUCCUACGACAACCGUGGGAGCUUCGGGGAGCUGGCUUUGAUGUACAAUACCCCGAGGGCGGCCACCAUCAUUGCUACCUCACCUGGUGCUCUGUGGUGUCUGGACCGACUGACUUUCAGGAGAAUCAUAGUGAAGAACAAUGCCAAGAAGAGGAAGAUGUACGAGGCAUUCAUAGAGACACUACCACUGCUCACGUCCCUUGAACCCUCUGAAAGAAUGAAGGUUGUGGACGUGUUAUCCUCGAAAGUUUACAGCGAUGGGGAACAGAUUAUUGCUCAGGGAGAUAUGGCUGAUUGUUUCUACAUUGUGGAAUCUGGGCAAGUUAGAAUCACCAUGAAGAGGAACAAGACAAAGAAGGACCUGGAGAAUGGAGAGGUGGACAUCGCUGUCUGCACCAGGGGGCAGUAUUUUGGAGAGCUCGCUCUGGUCACUAACAAGCCCCGAGCUGCUUCAGCGUAUGCUGUCGGAGAUGUAAAAUGCUUAGUAAUGGACAUCCAGGCCUUUGAGAGAUUGUUGGGUCCCUGUAUGGACAUUAUGAAGAGGAACAUUGCAAAUUACGAAGAGCAGCUAGUCGCCCUGUUCGGAAGUAAUACUGACAUUGAGGAUCAAAAUGCAUGAAAACGCAAGAGCAAAAACUGACAUACACCGUGUGAGAAGAGCAAACCAAGGUGGUCCAAGGAAACCCUCAACCUCUAGAUGCCAAGCGUUUCCGUAACCUCCCUCUCUUUUUUAAAAUUAUUUUGCUUUCAGAAAUGUGGAGCUCCACAAAUGAUAGCAGCUUAGAUAUUUUAGACGAAACAUGUUGGUAUACUUCCAGAUUUGUUGAGGGAAUACUGAGAGUGUUAUCUGGUGUUCACUUCUGUUAAGUGUUUUCUAUGAACCCAGGUGCAGUGUUAAUCAAUUUGGUAAGUGUUUGAAACCACUUUUUUCUUACUUUCACUGCUUUUUUAUCACAAAUACCCUUGCCCCUUAGAAUUCGUUAAUAACAUUUAAUGCACACAAACUUUAUAAUUAUUUCCACGUGAAAAUAUAGAAUUUAGUCAGCCUCUUCACCUAAUAUUAAAACACCCAUUAUAUCUCACUCUACGAGAACCAUUCGUCAUAGCUUUCUAUGCUAAGUGCACACUCAGGCCCAUAUUCAGUCUAACUACAGUGUCCUGUGUCAUUAAUGCUGAGUACUGAUUUUAAGCGAGUGUUAUUUUUUUGUUCCACUUUUUAAAACAGUUUUGACUACUUACACAAAAUUAUGGUUUCCCGCAGUACCUGAAACUAAUGAAGGCUGUGUUAUGUAGGAACUGAAUAAUUCUAAUACCUGCUAAAAUUUCAUGCUCAGAGUUCAGGACAAAAGCGCAAUGCAGUCAGACUCAAUCUGGACCUUAAUGACCACACGCUGACAUGAGC